AUGGGACAAAUGGCCAAACAAAUCACAGAGAUGGGUGAGAAGCGAGCAAAUGCCUUCCCAAGCGACACUGAAAACAACCCAAGGGACACGAGAAAAGUCAUAAAAUGGGAAGAGUGUAAAGUAAUCACAUUGAAAAGUGGGAAGAAUGUGGAGAAAGAAGGCACCACUCAGGAAGAGCACAACAAAGAAGGAUCAAAAGAAGAAGUGGAGAAGCCAAAGCAGGGGCAGGAAACUUCUACACAAAGUGACAAUUCAAUUAAGAAGGAGGCAGUGAAAGAAUACCAACCAAAGAUACCAUAUCCUCAAAAGGAUUUGCCAAGGAAGAAGAAGGAUCCAGGGAUCUUUCAUAUCCCCUGCACCAUAGGCAACAUGACAAUUGAGAGAGCAUUUUGUGACCUUGGUGCAAGCAUAAAUAUUAUGCCCCUAUCUUUGAUGAAGAAGCUCCGAAUCCAUGAAUUGAAACCCACACAGAUAGCUCUUCAAAUGGUCGAUAAAUCCAUUAAGCAAACACUUGGGGUUGUGGAGAAUGUGUUGGUGAAAGUAGGGAAAAUUUUCCUCCCAUCUGACUUUGUCAUUCUUAACAUGGAAGAAGACUACAACACUCCUAUCAAUCUGGGGAGGCUUUUUUAG